UUCUUCUUGGACAGCCUCUCUUUCCUGGUGAGAGUGGAGUCGAUCAGCUUGUGGAAAUUAUCAAGGUGCUUGGAACCCCAACUCGGGAGGAAAUAAAAUGUAUGAAUCCAAAUUAUACAGAGUUCAAAUUCCCACAAAUUAAGGCUCACCCGUGGCACAAGAUUUUCCACAAACGAACAUCUCCUGAAGCUGUGGAUCUUGUGUCAAGACUUCUUCAAUACUCGCCCAAUCUGAGGUGUAAUGCUCUGGAGGCCUGUACCCACCCCUUUUUCGAUGAACUUCGUGAUCCUAGUACUCGUCUUCCUAAUGGCCGUCCACUGCCUCCGCUCUUUAACUUCAAACCGCAAGGUCUGUUUACCAUUUUCUCUUCCCUUCUCUGUGCACUGGUCAUGUUCUUNAUGUGGAUGUGUGUGUUAAUGCUUGUUUGGUACAGAUUUUGA